AUGCACCAGCCCAUAGACCCAAGCGACGUGCCGUGGCGCACCGGCGUCCAAAGCCAGCGAUUUUUCAGUAACGGGCCGGGCAGUAGUUGGUUUGAGGUUGGAUUCGGGGCGCCGGCCACCCAGACACCCGACGAGGCCGCCAUGAUGGAGCGGGCGAAACACGCCAUGAAGCAGAAGCAGCAGCAAUUCGAACGAGAGGAUAGAGAGUGCAUCAAAGCGGCCGACGCAAAGACAGAUGCCAAUGCGUGGCUGGAGCGCGUGGGGUGGGCCGACCAUUUGACAACCGAGUCGAAGACGACACGUGGGCCCGACGACAAGAAGCCCGGGUUCAAAUUAACAAAGCAGCAGGGCGAUCGCAUAGAUGCGUUGGAAGCCAUGAUUCAGGAGCAUAUCCAAGAUCCCGAAGCCAACCCGUUAGAUGAGGACGAGAUCGAUCAAUUAACAUUACAGCUGGUUAUCGCACUACUGGACCACAGGUUAACGGUAGGUGAGUAUCGCAGCGCCAUUGUUAGCGGGUUGGCCGUGUUAGGGAUUCGUAAAGACGGCGGUUGGGUGGACGUGAUGGAUUACACGCCCAUAUAUUCGGCUGUAAUCAAAGUGGCACGGGCGAUGGUUGUGUAUCAGUCAUACCAGGAGAGGCAGGCCGAGGUGGCCCGGUUGCAGCGGGAGAAGGAUUUGGAAGAGGAAGAGGCCGAGGAGGAGGCGGCCAGCAUGUUCCGCAUCGUGCGUGAGAAGGUGCAGAGGUUCAUGACGGUAACAUCAAAGGAGACAUACGCCGAGCCGACGCCGAUGGAUUGGAUAUACGAGGCGCGCACGUACGGCAUGUAUAUUCGGUUCAACACGCCAGCAGGCGGGACCGUGGAUUGGGACGGCGACCGCAUCAAAUACCGAAAGACACGGUUCCGGAUGAGCCAGUUGACGGAGAUGUUGCACGCGUUGACAAGGGAGGCGAGAGAGCAUUUGGCGACGUUGACAAUGGUGGACGGCGUGGACCAGUUGCCGCGGAUCCCGUGGUCGGCAGUGGAAGACGACCACAGUGAGGACCGUGUAGGAUAUUCGUUUUUAUCCGACGAACGGAACCACGAGUGGGUAAAGAAGGGCAACGAUUGGGUGAUGAAUCAGAUCAGCGACACCCAACCCCACGGGCAGGGCCAGGCACGACACAAGGUUUGGAUCGACAAGGAGAGAAAUGACGGAAAGAUAUUUCAGGCCCGGGCAGUACAGUCAUACGGCCAGACGUUUAAUGGGUUCAUGGAGCGUAUGUUCAUGUUGAUGUAUAUGAUGAGCCAGCCAGGACGGGUCACCGAGAUAUCAGGCAUCCGGCACCGGAACACAAUGAACGGAGGGGUGCGAAACGUAUUGGCGCACAACGGCAUGAUGUGCAUCGUCACGUUGUACCACAAGGGAUUUCGGUUAACAGGCCAGGCCAAGGUGAUCCACCGAUAUUUGCCACGCGCCGUGGGUGAGUUAUUGGUGUGGUAUUUGUGGUUGGUUUUGCCGUUUUGGCAACAGGUGCAGGCCAUCGUCAAGGACGCCGUUAUCCGAAGCCCGUUCGUAUGGCCAGACGAAGGGGUACGUAAGGAUGAAAAGAGUAUAGUAGAGGAGAGGGAGGCGAGACGGGCCGCAUCAGAGAGGCAGAAUAACAACAGCGGCAUACAUAAUGGCAAAGACGGUGACGGUGACAGCGACGACGACGACGACAACGGGGGCGGCAGAGACGGGGGCAGAGAUGAUAGAGAUAAUGGUUCAGGGCACCCCGACGACAUUGGGUUCCAGAGUUGGGUACAGGAGCGAAAGUGGACAUCCGACCGGGUCCGUCGAAUCAUUCAGCGACACAGCAGGCGAUUAUUAAGCGUGGUAUUAAAUAUCAGUUCGUGGAGACAGAUUGCGAUUGCCAUAGCCCGCCGGUAUUUAAAUGGUGCGUUUAAAGAGUCGACGUUGGAUGGCGAUGACGAAGAUGACGAUUUGGAUGACAACCCGGUCGAUUUGCAAGCCGGGCACGGAACACACGUGGCCGGCAUGGUAUACGCUCGCGAUUUGCAGCAGGGGUUGUUCAGCACGGCGUCGAUGCGGGACAAGUUUCGAGCGGUCAGCCGGCAAUGGCACCGUUUAUUCGAGUUCCACGACAGCGAGGAGGGCGGGGUGAUGGCCGGAAUCCGGCGGAAGCGGGUGCCAUACGACACGGAACGAGAGUACAAUCAGAUGCAACGGUUCAGACGGUUGCAGCAGGUCGACAUUGCCGGUCAGUUGCGGCAAAUGAUGGGGCCGUCGGCGGCGUUCCGGGGGCAGCAGGAGGCCGUGAUCCGGGCGAUUAUACGGGGUGAGAGUCCCAUCGUCCAGAUCGCAGGCACGGGCGAGGGCAAGAGCAUGUCGUUUUUGUUGCCGGCGUAUUGCGCCAACGACAGCGGCGGCACCACAAUUGUGAUUGUGCCGUUGAUAUCAUUGCGGGAUGAUUUACACGGGCGUUGCGAGAAGAGCGAGACAGGGACGUACAUUUGGGACAGCCGCGGAGGUCACCAGAUGGCCCCGAUCGUAUUCGUGACGCCCGAGUCAGCCGUGACAAAGGGGUUCGGUGAUUUCGUCAACCGGUUGCAGGCGCGAUGUGCAUCAGAUCGGGUCGUGAUCGAUGAGUGCCACACGAUAUUGGACAGCACAUAUCGAUUCCGACCCCAGAUGAUGGAGUUGGGCCAAGUAUUGAACGAAUGGGGUGUGCAGAAGGUGUUUUUGACGGCCACAUUACCGCCCAGCGAGGUCGAGAGGUUUUGCGAGGUAGCCAAGUUGGUGAUGAACCGUGUUAAGAUAUUCCGAUCGCGAACGUCGAGGUCGAAUAUCCGGUACAGGGUAAUUGAAGUACAGCCCACAAAGCCGAGACAUCAGCGUCAGGGGUUUAAUAAGAAUAACAAUAACAACAACAGCAGCAGCAGCAGCAGCAGCAGUCGGCAAGCAGGUCCCGAGGAAGAGGCGGAGGAUAUACAGACGGUCAAGACGGUACGGGAUUGGUUACAUCAGCACAACAACGGCCGAGUCAUCAUAUAUGCCGGCACGAUUGACCGGGUUGAGCGAUUGGCCAAGAUGUUGGAGUGCAAUAUGUAUCAUUCCAAAGUAGACACGGCGGCCGGCAAGCAGCAAAGAUUACGAUCGUGGAUUGAGAAUGGGCAUUUGAUCGUGGCAACGAAUGCAUUGGGGUUAGGCAUAGACGUGCCGGACGUACGGUUGGUCGUCCACGCCGGCGUGCCGAGUCGGUUACGGGAUUACGUGCAGGAGAGCGGGCGGGCCGGGCGAGAUGGUGGGCAGAGCGAAGCGGUCAUCAUCACAUGCCAACCGAAAGGAAAAGAAGCAGAGGAAGAAGGAAGGAAAAAGGUAGGGAAGAAGAAUGGUAAAGGACCGGCGAAGAACAGCAGUUGGCCACCGAGGGAGGCAGCCGUGGAGAGGUUCAUCAGCGGAAAGUGGUGUCGCCGUGUGGUGUUGGACCAGGUGAUGGAUGGUCGAUUAGACCGGGUUGGUUGUGAGGAACAGGUGGAAGAGGCAUGCGAUAUAUGCCGGCGACAGAGAGAUCAGUUGAUGUUUGAAGAAGACAUAUCGUGGGUUGAGAGGGAGGAAGUGGGCAGCGAGGAGUAUAUAGACACGUAUCAAGAAGGCGGCGGCGACGACGACGGCAACGGCGACGGCGGUGGGGGAGGAGAGGUCGUAGCCGACGGUGAAGUCCAGUUACGGUUCGAGCAGGCACAGCGAAGCAUACGAUACGAGCAGUUCAAGGCGAGGCAAGACGAAAUGCGCAUCAAUCAGGAGGUUGACAGGUUUGAGGAAGAGUUGGGAUUGAUGGCCGAGGGGAAAGUGAUCGUAUAUGGCGGGACAAUCAAGCGAGUGGAAGGGAUCGCGAAGAAGUUGGGAUGUCCAGCAUAUUGGCGAGGUGCCGGUGAUGGAAAAGCAAAGGCACAAAUGGUAGAGGAGUGGAUGAGCAGCCGAGGAGGCGAAUCAGGAUGGAUCACGGCAACGAACGCGUUGGGGUUAGGGGUUGAUGAUCCGAAUGUGCGGUUGGUUGUGCACGCCGGUAUGCCGCGGCAGCUUGUCACGGGCUGGUCUCGGGAAUACAGGUGA